AUGCCUCCAAAGAUCCAUAUUGUUCGCCAUGCGCAAGGACAACACAACGCGACUCGCGAUUACAGCAUUCGCGACGCUGUUCUGACCACGAAAGGCAAAGAGCAAUGUCGCACACUCAGCUCGGCAUUUCAGUAUCACGACGAGAUAGAGACGGUGUUUGCGUCGCCCCUGCGCCGAACGAUCCAGACCGCUGCGCUGAGUUUUGGUCCUGUGCUAUCGCGGAAGAAGGUGCCGUUCGUGCUGUUGCCAGCCUUGCAAGAAGUCAGCAACAUUGGGUGUGAUGUUGGAAUUGCAGAUACUGCAGAUGACGUGCAAAAGUUCCUACCAGAACUCUUCCCAGAAGGCGAGAUCGACUUUGAUAUCAGCAAAGUCGACGCCUCUGCGGUGACAGCGGGCUGGAAUUCCAAGCAAGACUAUUGGGCGUAUGAGAAGCGCGCCAUAUCGAAGCGCGCUUCUGAUCUAAGGAACUGGUUGUACCAACGGCCUGAAGCGCAGGUGAUGAUCGUCACUCAUGGCGCAUUCGCACACUUCCUGACUGAGGACUGGGAAGUCGAAGACCCGAUGCUAGGUACCGCGUGGAAGAACUGUGAGCAUCGCGUAUUUGUCUUCACACCAGAAUCGACGGCGGAAGACGCCCACGUGAGCGAGACAUGGGAGAGCAGGCGAAGCAGGGGAGCCCAGGAAGUCGAGACCGACCCGCAUGUAGUGGACGAAUUUCUAAAAACCGCGGCGUAG